AUGCUUGCAAUGUUUAAAAAACAUUCGGAUAAGUUCAUCAACAGGAAAGGGAAAAAGAAGAGAACAAGCUUAUCGGAAGAGGAGAAGAACGUAAGGUGGAAUGAGAGGCUGGAGUUUAAGUUGAAAGGAAAUCCUCUCAAUGCAAAAUCCUCUCUUCAGAUUCACCUGAAAGGCAAAGACAGAGUUGGAAAGGGCAGGCUCCUCGGAUCCAUCAACGUCAGGCUUGCCAAUCUGGUGGGAGAGAGGAGCAGGAAUAUCUCUUUUGUCAAAGUUCCUCUGCUGGAUAAGAAGAAGCAAAAAACGAAGAACCUGCUCAGCUUUGAGAUCAUCUACGACCCACCCCUCGACGAUAAAAAAGAAAAGAAAGAAGCAAAGCCAGGCCGUCCAGAACAAGAUGACAUCGUUAAUGUUCCUAAAUUACAGGAGAUCCCACUGAGAUCUCAGUCACCAUCUCCAGAAAAUUCCUCCAUUAAGGGAUCUGUGAAACUCACACAGAAAGUUUCAGAUAAACCACAGGACUUUCAGGUUCGAGUCCGGAUAAUUGAGGGCCGCCAGCUGCAGGGUGCCAACAUCCGGCCUGUGGUGAAAGUGUACAUAGGGGACGCCGUGUUCCGCACCAGAAUUAAAAGGGGUAACAACCCUAUCUUCGACGAGAUUUUCUUCCAGAAUUUUUAUAAACCCCCAAGUGAGGUCUUCAACACAAUGAUACACCUGCAGGUAUUAAAUUCGCACUCGCUUCGUGCUGAUUCCAUUAUUGGUGUAUUCAAGCUGGACAUCGGCUCUGUCUAUGAUCUUCCAGAUCACGCAGUCUUACGGAAGUGGUUACUCUUGUACGAGUCGGAUGAUGUGCAGUCCUUGGCCAAGGGGUACCUGAAAGUCAGCAUAAUCGUCCUGACAGCAGGAGACGAAGCACCGAUAGACAAGAGAGGGACUAAUGAAGAGGAUGAUGUUGAGAGUAACCUACUGCAGCCAGCAGGUAUCCUUUCCCGAUGGGUCACUUUUGAGGUGAAGAUCUAUCGAGCUGAGGACAUCUUGCACAUGUCCAAAGGGCUGAUGUCAAACUUGAAGCACGUGUUCGGGGUAGACAAGGAUAAGGAAGGCGUCGACUCGUUUCUGGAAGUCAGUUUCGCUGGCAAGAAGGUAGUGACGAAGGUUAUUGAAAACCACAUAAAUCCUGAAUGGAACCAAGUGGUCUACUUGAAGAGCAGGUUUCCUUCCUUGUGUGAGAGUAUUCGUUUCACGGUGUGUGAACGGAAGAGUGCUGUGAAAAGCCACCCCUUAGGAACAACCUAUCUGAGCAUCUCAAAAAUCUCGAUGACAGGGUCAGAAGACGAUGAAACGCCUGGGUUCCUGCCAACAUUCGGGCCGUGCUUCCUGAACCUGUAUGGGAGCCCCCGGGAAGGCUUAGAUGGCUCCGACAAGUACGACGAGCUCAACCUUGGAAAGAGUGAAGGAGUCUCCUAUCGAGGGAGGAUUUUGAUUGAAUUGGUCACGAGGAUGGACGAAACUUUAGGGAAAACCAUUGACAACUUGUCGUUCGAAGAUUUCUCGAUUGUACAGAGGUACUUGCAGAGGCGGAGGUACAGCCUUAGCGUCGUGUUCUACUCGGCUACGCAAAUGCAGGAUGUGAAGGAGCCGGUCCAGUUUGAGGUCAGCGUGGGCAAUUACGGCAACAAGUUUGACAAGUCGUGCAAACUGCACGCCUCGACAACGCAGUACAGCCAUGCUAUGUUUGAUGGCAACUAUUAUUACUACCUGCCGUGGUGUGACACGAAGCCCGUGGUCGCCCUGACGUCGCACUGGGAGAACAUUGAGCAUAGGCUGGACAGGUUGAAUGUCCUCCUCAAAAUCAUUGACAAGCUGAGAGGCAACCUGGAGGAGAUCAGGACAACGCUGCCAUCUGAAGGAACACGCCUCACCGGCAUGUGGGUGAAGAUGCUUGACCGGGUCGUGAAGGAUUGCAAUCGCUCCCUCCCACCGUUGAAAAGGCUUCCCCAAGUGACUGCCCUCGAUCGUGAGCUCUAUGACCAACAGGUUAUGCUCCUUAAGAAGAUCAGGAAGUCUGCAGAGAAACUGAGAGACCGAAACAUCAACGUGAAGGACAAGCUGCCCGAAGUUGAAGAGUGGCUCGAGAGGCUCUCACUACUGGCUGAGGAGCCUCAGAACAGCCUGCCUGAUGUGAUUCUCUGGAUGCUGGCCGGCGAGAAGCGAGUUGCCUAUGCUCGGAUUAAAGCGCACUCGGUCCUGUUUUCCAGGGACAGUGAGAAAUCAUGUGGUAAAUUCUGCGGGAGGAUGCAAACAGUGUUCAUGAAGCAACCACUGGACAAGUCGCACAGUCAAAGGAACGUCGCUCAGCUCCGUGUGCGGAUCUGGAUGGGGCUGUCUACUGACGAAGAGGAGUUUGAAAAGUACAUUGAUGGGAAAAUUUUGGUCACCGCAGAAAGAUAUGAAAAUCAGGCAAGGGUCAUGGGCCACUGGGGCACCAGUGGGUUGCUGCAGCAUCCGACGUUCUCUGAUGCGUUGGGUAAAAUAAAGCUGUCAAGAAAGGACUUCUAUCCUCUCAGGGGCUGGCAGUGGGACGGAAAAUGGACCAUCGACCCCGAGAGGUGUUUGUUGUUUGAUGCCGAUGCGGGCCACAAUGAAUUCACUGAUGAAGUUUAUGAGAAUGAAACCCAUUUGGCUGGAGGAGAAUGGAGCCCAGCUUUGGAACAAUUCACAGACAAAAAAGGGAAUAGACACUCACCGAUGGAGGAGAUCGAGUGUCCUGUUGGGUGGGAAUGGAAGGAGGAAUGGAUGACAGAUUUUUAUCGGGCAGUGGAUGAACAUGGAUGGGAGUACGGAAAGGCCAUCCCACCGGAGACGAUGCCAAGGCACUGGAACCCCACAGAGAAAGCCUACCACACGCACCGGCGACGCCGAUGGAAACGCGAGCGCAUGAGGAAACCGGACCGCUCUCGCCAGCUGAAGAGAGAAGAGAUUGAUUCAGAUGGCUGGGAGUACGCCCCUCUGUUUGGCUGGAAGUUCCACGUGAAACAGAACAAGGGAGACAUUUACCGUCGCAGACGCUGGAGAAGGCGGCUGGUCCCCAAGGAGCAGCUAGGCCCAGCAGCCGUUUUCAGACUGGAAGGCUCUUUGUGUCGGGAAAGCAGCGAAGGGCAUCUGGAGGAUCUUGAGGAACAGGAGAAGCCUGUUGGCCAUCAGGAACUUUAUGGGAUGACCGCACCCUUUAUAUCUUGCAUUCUGGACCCACCCAAUGCCUUCCAGUUUCGUGGCUACAUCUACCAGGCAAGGGGUUUACUCCCCACCGAUAGCAACAGCUCUGCAGAUUCUUACAUUCAAGUGUCACUCCUGCACCAGAGCAAACGCACCGACAUUAUCAGAGGGACUCUGAACCCGAUCUGGGACCAAACACUGAUUUUUGAGGAGGUGGAAAUCUAUGGCAAUCUGAGAGAAGUAGUUGAGUGCCCACCUUUUGUCUCGCUGGAGCUCUUUGACAGUAAUCGUGCCAGCAAACAUGAAUAUUUGGGUACUGCCCUGUGCUACCCGAGUGUAAAGCUAGAUUCGACGGCACAGUAUCUUUCUCCUCUCCAGUGGCAUCCAGUCUUCCGAGGAGAGCGGUUCAGUGGCGAGCUGCUGGUUUCCUUCGAACUUCUCAUGAAACAGAGAGAUGGGGACCAGAAUUUACCUCCCCGACCGCCAAUGAGAGACUCAGAAACGUACAUGGUGCCACUGGGAGUCAGACCACAGCUUCAGUUGAGCACCAUUGAGAUUCUUGCCUGGGGAUUGAGAAAUAUCAAAAACUACAACAUGGCAAAGGUGACAAGUCCCAGCCUGGUGGUGGAGUGCAACGGGGAGAUGAUUCAAACAGCGCCCAUCAAAAACUACAAGAAGAACCCGAAUUUCCCAAAUCCUAUCUACUUCCUCACAGUGUUUCUACCUGUAGAUUCCACCUACAGCCCUCCCAUUGUGCUGAAGGUGCUGGACUAUCGAGCGUUCGGGUACAAACCAGUGGUGGGGCAGACGACGGUGAAAUCCCUCGGCGAGUUCAUGUGUGAUCCUUUCGCUGGCUCACUUGAAACUGAAGAUGUCGCAAUCAUGUCAACCAAGACUUUUCGUGUGGAAACACCCAACAUUGAGAGUUCAGCUGCAGAGGAUGCUCAGAAAUCUGAACAGGAAGCCACUGAAGGGCUGCUGGAAGAUGACACUGUUGACUGGUGGUGUAAGUUCUACGCUUCAUCAGGGGAACAUGACGAUUACACAGACUAUCUGUUGCAGGGGUAUGACACAAUAAAGAUUUAUCCAUGCCCCCUGGAAGAUGUGCCUCAGUUUAAGGGGCUUCAGGACUUCUGCCACACCUUUAAACUGUACCGGGGGAAAGUGUAUGGAGAUAUCGAGGAUCCUAUGGUUGUAGGUGAAUUUAAGGGUUCGUUUCGGAUCUAUCCUCUACCAGAAGAUCCAGCAAAGCCCGUCCCCCCUCCUCAGUUCCGUCAACUGCCCUCAAGUGAGCCGCAGACCUGUUUAGUGAGAGUUUACAUUGUCCGUGCUCUCGGCCUCCAGCCGAAGGAUCGCUCUGGGACAUGUGAUCCUUACAUUAAAGUCUCGCUGGGGAAGGAGACCAUUGAUGAUCGCGAGCAUUACAUUGCCAACAACCUCAACCCUGUCUUUGGCAAAAUGUUUCAGCUCUACGCCACUGUUCCGCUGAAUAAAGAUCUCAAGGUGUCUGUGUACGACUACGACCUAGUCACCCAAGACGACAAAAUCGGAGAGACAGUGAUCGACUUGGAAAACCGGUUCCUGUCACGGUUUGGGGCACGUUGCGGCCUGCCCCGGACAUACUGCAUAUCUGGCUCCACUCAAUGGCGAGAUCAGCUGACUCCAACAGAGCUGCUGAACAACCUGAGUGCCAUGAAGAACUACGCCCUGCCUGUCAUUCGGAACAACGGGCAAAAGAUAACCAUCGGGCAGAAGGAGUUCUCGCUAGAUGACUUUGAGCCGAAGAAGCUUCCUUACAACUUCCUGGGUCCCCCAGAAGAACGACUCGCUCUCCACAUUCUGCGGCUGCAGAAUCUGGUGCCGGAACAUGUAGAAACCCGGACUUUGUUCAACAGCACUCAACCAGGGAUUGAGCAGGGGAAACUGCAAAUGUGGAUUGACAUCUUUCCAAAGAAGUUGGGUCUCCCCGGCCCACCCUUUAACAUCACCCCUCGGGGUCCUGUCCGGUACAUUCUGCGCUGUAUAAUCUGGAAUACGAGUGACGUAAUUCUGCAGGAAACUAAUGUAACGGGCGAAAGGAUGAGUGAUAUAUAUGUUAAAGGUUGGAUGGUUGGGUUGGAGGAGCAGAAACAGAAUACUGACGUGCACUACAGGUCACUGGAUGGAGAGGGCAACUUUAACUGGAGGUUUAUUUUCCAGUUUGACUAUUUAAUUGUGGAGCGUGUCCUUGUCAUCAACAAGAAGAACUAUAUUUGGAGCUUGGAUGAGACGGAAAUGAAAAUGCCUCCUAAACUAAUUCUCCAACUGUGGGACAAUGAUAAAGUGUCCUUUGAUGACUACUUAGGCUACCUCGAGAUUAAUCUUAAUGCUUUCCGGUCCCCAACGAAGUGGGCAGAUAGCUGCACACUGGAGAAGUUCUUUAAGCAGGAGGGCACCUCGUCUAGCAGCUUGCAGAAGAUGAUUUCACUCUUCAAGCAGAAGACUAUUAAAGGCUGGUGGCCGUGCGUCACAUACGAAGCAGGCAAACCUUAUUUGACAGGAAAACUGGAAUUGACCCUGGAGUUGCUGACAGAACGCGAAGCUGAAGAGCGGCCAGCCGGGAAGGGAAGAGAUGAGCCUAAUAUGAAUCCCAAACUGGAACCUCCAAACCGGCCAGAUAUAUCGUUUUUGUGGUUCCGUUCUCCCUUGAAGGCGAUGAGGCACAUUGUCUGGCGCAGGUACAAGUGGUGGGUCAUCUGCACGUUGCUUCUGGUGAUACCGGUAAUCUUCCUGGUAGCUCUCCUGCACGCUAUUCCCAAUGCUCUAGCAAACUUUUUGUUGCAGUCCACCAGAUACCACAGGAAGAAAAAGUGAGAGGAGAGAGAGAGAGAGAGAAGGGCCAUCUGGACUCGGAAGGCAUCCAGCCUCGUGGUCAAGGGUUGGGGGGGGGGGGGGUGCUCGACACGGCGGGAAC